AAACCUCCUCCUCUUCUCCCUCCCCCUGAACACGCCAUCACUGAGGGCGGCGGAGGAGCGUGACGUCGCUCCCGGAAAUGAGGAAGCGGCGGCAGCAGCGGUAACAGCAACAAGCAGCUGCCCCCAGUUUCUUUCCACUGCUGAGGGGUUUUCUUUCCCCCCUCUCUCUCCUUCCCUGCCUACGGGAGCCAGGAGGGGUUUGUCCCCGGAGAACUCGGAGGGGACCCGGUGGAAUCCUUCCUCGCCUUGUCCUCCCCGGGGGCGUCGAGGGGAAGCAAUGCGGCUCCGCUGCCGACCGCCUCAGCAGCCCCCCUCUCCUCCCGCCACCGCCUAGGGGCGCCCACAAGGCCCCUCCCCUUUAAAAGUAACAUUUCCUGCGCCGUCAGGAUGAGGCUGGCCGAGCCCCCCCGCCAGUGCCCAGUUCUGAAAGAAUACUGAUGGUGGAAUUGCUGCCUUUAUAUUGGAAAAACCUGCAAUAAAGUGGGGAUGUCAAGAGCUGCCACUCCACCGCCAUCUGGAGAGAUGUCCAGUGGGCCUAUAGCUGAAAGCUGGUGUUAUACGCAGGUAAACUACAUAUCUUGCGUUAAAGUUGUAAAAUUUUCUUAUAUGUGGACCAUUAAUAACUUCAGUUUCUGCCGAGAAGAAAUGGGUGAAGUUUUAAAGAGUUCUACUUUUUCAUCAGGGCCAAAUGACAAAAUGAAAUGGUGCCUGAGAGUAAACCCUAAAGGGUUAGAUGAUGAAAGCAAGGAUUACCUUUCAUUAUAUUUACUUUUAGUUAGUUGUCCAAAAAGUGAAGUGAGAGCAAAAUUUAAAUUUUCUCUCCUGAAUGCAAAAAGAGAGGAAACAAAAGCAAUGGAAAGCCAAAGAGCAUAUCGAUUUGUUCAAGGCAAAGACUGGGGCUUUAAAAAAUUCAUUCGAAGAGACUUUUUACUUGAUGAAGCUAAUGGUCUUUUACCAGAUGAUAAGCUUACAUUGUUUUGUGAGGUGAGUGUGGUCCAAGAUUCAGUGAAUAUAUCAGGACAGUCGAGUACAAACACAUUAAAAGUACCUGAAUGUCGCCUAUCAGAAGAUUUAGGAAAUCUCUGGGAGACAACAAGAUUUACAGAUUGCAGUUUUAAUGUAGGAGGACAAGAAUUCAAAGCUCAUAAAUCUGUUCUUGCAGCUCGUUCUCCUGUUUUCAAUGCAAUGUUUGAACAUGAAAUGGAGGAAAGCAAAAAGAAUCGUGUAGAAAUAAGUGAUGUAGACCCUGAAGUUUUUAAAGAGAUGAUGAGAUUCAUUUAUACGGGAAAAGCUUCAAACCUUGAUAAAAUGGCUGACAGUUUGUUGGCAGCAGCAGACAAAUAUGCACUGGAACGGCUGAAGAUCAUGUGUGAGGAAGCUCUGUGUAGUAACCUCUCAGUAGAAAAUGUUGCAGAGAUUCUGAUUCUCGCAGAUUUGCACAGUGCAGAACAGUUGAAAGCACAAGCAAUAGACUUUAUUAACAGGUGCAGUGUUCUUAGGCAACUUGGUUGUAAAGAUGGGAAAAUCUGCAACAGCAACCAAGCAACAGACAUAAUGGAAACAGCAGGCUGGAAGUCGAUGAUUCACUCCCAUCCCCACUUAGUAGCCGAGGCCUUCCGAGCUCUAGCGUCUGCACAGUGUACACAGUUUGGCAUUCCACGCAAACGACUAAAACAGUCAUGAAAUCUUCCAUGAACUAUAGAAAAUUAAUGACUCCUCGUCCCUGUCCAGAAGGGUUCUUUUUAACAAAACAUCUGUCCGAAUUUGCUACCCUUGUCCACUGAACAGAUCCUGAAAGCUUUUGAGAAUGGAUAAUAUAUUGUUUAAUUAUCAGCUUUAAAUUAGACUGAUAACUCUCCAGUUCACUGAAAGGCCUUAACGUCAACUACUCUAGUUCAUUUGUGAUUUCCUUGGUUUUUUCCUUCUUAAAUUGUGCCUCGUCUUUUUGACUCGGCUAUGUAGGAUUGCACUAGCUCCAUAAUGCAGUAAUGCUGAUAAAUGAAGACAGCUCUUGAAAGGGAUCUUCCUACUUUUACAUCCUUCUUUCUUCCUUUCUUCAUUUCUUCCCUAAAUCCCAUAAUGAAGAUUAUCAUUUGGUCUUGUGGUAACUGGAAGGUUUCAGCUAGCCUCUCAUUAAAGCACUUGAACUGAAGGCCCGCAAGCACUCCAGUCCAAGGACUGUGCUUUGAGUGCUGUCUUUGAAGAGUGCUGUCAGGCAUGCUGUGGCAAUAUACUACUCUAAAUAUAAUUUAUUUUCCAUUGGUUCAGGUGAAUGAGGGAUAUAUGCAAUGUCUUGACCCAGAAAUGUAUUUUUGGGAGAAUUUGCAAAUGCUUACUGUGUGAAUGGGUCCAUCGAGUGGGUUGAAAGGAGCACACAGCGACCCUUUUGGCCUGUGUUUACUUUAUGAUCCAUUGGUGUUUUGCAUUGAACUGAACCUGAGUGAAAGCUAGUAUGGGGAGAGGAUAAGUGAAAUGUGCUGGGAAUAAAUAGUGGUUUCUCAAAUGAAAUAUGUGGAAGGUCAAGGAUGCAGAAGAAUGACCAAAUGUAAAUUUCAAAAAAUGGGCCAAAUUAUCGAUUCUCAGUAUGCACUUUUAAUGUGUAACUUUUGUAUGUUGUGUGGUACAUAUAUAUUUUGGUUUUGAUAAAUAUGGUACAGUAAUUGUGGCCUAACUUUUUGAAAUACAUUAAGAUGCCCACAGCCACAUGGGAUUUAGUUUUGUUACUGCAAACAAGGAAAGCAUGACUUUAGAGGUGUUGAUUCCAAGUGAGUAUCUCAAGUGUUCAUGUUAGAAUCCAUUCUAUUUUCACACUUAGGACAGGCUUUCCUAUGUUCCUUUGGUGUGUGUACGCACAAGCUUGUUCACACUAGUGGGAGUUGCACAGACACACACUUAGCAGGAAGAAUAGAAGUCUGAAACGUCAGUAUUUGUAAGCACUGACUUGCUGUUUUUAGCAUUUGUUAUUGUACUAGCAUCGUGGAUGGUAUUGAAAUUCUGCAUAAUGUGAAAAGGAUAUAACAACUUGUAAACUGCUUGUAACGGGCCAGUUUCUUAUUCUAAAAAAAACAACCUUAGCUUUAAUGCCACCACUUCCAGUAUAUUUUCUAGCCUUGUUUACAAUUGGGAGGAUUUUGUCUGCAGCAGUGCACAUUGUAAAUGUCUCUUGACCCUAUUACAUUGAAUUUUCGUUUUUAAAAUGGUGAUGUGCUGUAUCUGUUGUGUGGGAAGAGUUGCAUUUACCUGUGAGAAAAGGGAAUUGCUCUGAAUUUUGUCGCUAAAUAUUUUAGUUGGCCCAUCUAAUCAAUAUACUUAAUACUUUUCUGUUUUCAGUAAGGAAGUACUGAUACGCUGAAAGCUCUGGAGCAUGUUUAUUCUGCACUGUUAUUUUGAAUAAACCAUUCCUAAAAUAGGGAUUGGAGAUAGAGGGGUGCUCCCAAUCCAGCACAGUGCUAGAACUUGAAACACACCCAUAUUUUGCUAAACUUGUUCUUCCAAGGGAAAUCAGUGAACUUUUUGAACUGCUAUAUUUUAGGCCCUGUUAAAAGGGCCUUUAUAGUUGCACUCCUGGUGAUUUCAGUGGGCUUGGCCAUUAUUCAGUGAACCAAAAUGGUACAGAAGCAUCCUAUCCAUGGAUGCCACAUCCGUUAACAUUUAUUCGUUAUUCUUCAUCUAAAUUCUAGUCUUGUAGUAUUCUUAUCAGAGAUGAAAUGUAAGAAUGUGUGCCACUCCAUGACAGAGAAACAUGUACUGCAGUUUAAUAAUCAUAAUGAGCAACCUUGCAUCUUGAAAUCUUACAGCUAUAAUAUGCAAAGUGACUUGAAUAUUUAAUACUGUAAUUGUCCAUUUCAGCUUGCUGUUAAAUACAGAGAACAAAUGGAACAUCUGAUGCAUUUUGUUUAAAGUUUUAAAGAAGUUUAAUGGCACGCUUUGUACCAAAAAUAUGGCCAAAACACUGCUGUAAGAAUAUCUACUCUCCAUAGCAAUCCACUUAUCAAAAUUAGCAAAUGCCUACGUUACAUGAGAUUAAUAACUCAUCACGAUGGUUGAUUUACUAUGUUAUCUGACAGAUAUUUUGAAAGGACACAAACAAAAUACAUGUUUUGUACAUUGGGUGCACUGUAAUACGCUCUCUUUUCUGCAGUGAAAGACUUGCAUUGUUCUUCCUCUUCCAGAAAAAGCUGGUAAGAACAAUUUUCUCUGAGUAAAGGCAGACUGAUUGUAUUUCCCGUUUCCGUAAAAAUAGGUGGUGAAUUUCAAAAUAAUGCAAGAGAAAAAAGUUUAUUUAUAAAUGUAUUUUCUAGCUGAAAGCUAGACAUUUUGUUAGGGCAGGCGACAGCUUGCUUAAAGGAUUUUUCAGCACAGUUAUCAAAGUGCCAUGUUUGGCUUGCCAAUUCUGCCCCAUCAGCCAUCACCAUAAAACUUUCCCCUGAAGGAAGCGCCCUGCAUGUGUUGUGUAAUAAUGUGUGGUUUUUAACAAAGAUUUUAUUUUAUGGCAAAUAGGACUCCGUUUGCUGUUAAAAGUGGCAGAGGUUCCACUUAAAUGACUUAUGUGAUAAGUGUUUUUCAAUGAAGGAAACUUCAGUAACUCACCCUGAUGUUGACAGUCCAUUUACUGCACGCUGAAGUAUGAAAGCAUAGUGCCUUUUUGAAAUGGGAGAUAAAAAAUGGCUAAUUCUGGAAAUGCCUUGGAAAGCUAGACAGAUAUGACUGAUACGUAAGCAAGUUGUGAAUUUAGAUUAAGUAUAUGUUCCUCAACCUUGAUGUCUUUAAAAGCUGCAAGUCUGAAAUAUUUAUUAAUUUCUUUCCAAAAUGAUUAGAGGCAUUUCUGUGGACUCAAGAUGAGACAGAUUAAAGGAUUGGGGUUAUUAAGGAAUAGGUAUUGCUUUGGUAGGAAUUUCCCCAUUUCCGUUAUUUAAAUAUGGAAUUGCAUUGAGCACUUAAUGAGUUCAGAAAUAGUAAUACAAUGCAUGUUCUGCACAAUGCUCCCUUCUAUGGAAGAGGGUUGUCCUUUCAAGCUCAAGACAAUGUAGCUGUGCUUAUGAAAUUCCCAUAGAAAAUAUUAGGGUUAACAGCUGAAAAAUUUUGACUUUAGGUUAUAGGGCUACUUAAAACAAUUGACUCACCCCACCCAGUUUCAGUUUGAUUGGAUUUUCUUAAGACUUCCUGUCAACUGCUAGUUGUUUUGUUUUACAACACAACUGCAUUGAUUUACUUGCUUUCUGCUUGCAGCAAAUGGACUUUUCCUGAAAUGGAUUCUCAUUAUUUUUGUCAGUGUUUGCUGUGGUUUGCGUUGAUCAUACUCUUAGGUUAAAAUCUGGAUUUUUAUAUGUCAGAAUAAAGGUUUUAUUUCUUUUAGUCCUGUUUUAGAAUCAAAACAUUGGAACCUGGUCUUAGUUGAAAGUUCCUUUCAUUAUCUAUCAUGAUAGAACACUUGCAUCAAAGACCAUCCACAUCCAGCCUUUUAUAUCCGCCUGAGGUUAACAGUGAAAUACUUUUUGUACCUUGUUGCUGAAAAUAUUUUUGCAUUUCAGGACAUCAAGUUACAAUAAAGUUGUUACUUAUACAAAAA